UUGUGUGUCAUGGACCUAAGAUAACAUUACACUGGGUUACUGUCUGCUCUGUAGAUACACUAAACUCGGUAUGCAUAACUUACAUAUCAAAAUAUGAUACUCUAAAGCCACAGUUUAAUUUAUUAUGAUGCCGACUGCUAGGAUAAUAAAUAUCUGCCACGUACGGACGGAUGGACAUAAAAACAGCUGAAUCAUAUAACGGACGUACGGACAACUACAGCGAAUAUGCCUGAACCAAACCGGAAGUUAGGUGAUAUAAAUACCACCCAUUAUGAGUCGGACCCUCUACUACCACCAACCUCGUCCCCCGGGGAAGUAACAUUCCUGAAACGCCUCCUACCCCUCGUGGUCGGGUGCUUAGGGAUGAUAGCGGCGGGGUCAGUCUUUGCGUUCGGCGCCUAUACGAAUGCCGUCAAGAAGCACUUCAAUUAUUCUCAAUCCGAAGUUGAAGUAAUAUCAUCCAUGGGUAAUUUCGGUAUAUGCAUUGGACUACCGGCAGGCUACAUGUGUGAGAGGUUUGGAGCACGCUGGACGUCGCUGACUGCUCUGAUAAUGUCGGCGACUGCAAUGAUGUUACUUUAUAGUACGACGUUCUCACUCGAGUUCUACAGUGGGUGCGCACCCCUUCAAUACCUCUACUUCUUCCUGGCCGGUUUCGGAGCGAUAUUCUUGUAUAUGGCGUCCCUCAUUACGAGUAUGGAGAAUUUCCCGCCAAAACACCGUGGAAAGGUCGUGGGAACGCUUGACGCCUGCUUCAGCGGUGGUCCCGCCCUUUUCUCACUGCUGUACGGCGCGUGCUUCGUCAAGGGUCACGUGAAUGACGAACAGAACCAGGAUUUGAGAGGUUUCUACCUUCUAAACGCUAUAGCGUUUGCCGUGGUUGGUCUGUUAGGCAUGCUUUGCCUAAAACGGUACCCGCUUGACCUUGAGGAACAUGACCUCACAAUUACGCAAGAUCUGGCAGCUGACCGGAAAUCCAGCCAUCAGCAACAUCAACUUCAAGCUCCAGAUAUAACCGGAUGUGUUUUGUUUCGCCGGUCCGAAUUUCAUUUCAUGUUAUGGCCCUUCAUGUUUUGUUCCGGUCUACAACUUAUGUACCAAAACAACAUCGGCGUAUAUUUGAAGUCAUUUGACAUAGAACAAUACACAACGCUCUUUACAACAAUUAAUCCCAUUGCCGCCAUCUGUUGCAAGUUCACAGUCGGGGUUAUAUCAGACGCUAUAGUUCAUAAAGUCCCGCGGCCCGCGGUGCUUUUAUUCUUUUACUGUCUACAAACAUUUGUAUUAACCCUUUGUAUAUUCUUCUCCAAUAACUUCGUCCUUCUGGUCAUAACUCUUCUAGUCAUCGGAUUUGCAAAUGGCGCCCUCUGGUGUCUCUCCCCAACAAUCAUCUCCGAAAUUUACGGCUUGAAAUACUUUGGGCGUAACUGGGGCACUGCUAUGAUAGGUAGUGGACUAGGGGGCUUGGGUUGUCAGCAGGUUUUCGGUGCCUUGUACGACUACAAUAUCGUGGCUAAAGGUUCGGAGGACUGUUACGGUAUUAAGUGUUUUACCCUCAGUUUCACCGUGGUAGCCGUGAUGAGUCUGUGUUCCUGUUUAUUCUGUGUAGGACUUCUACAAUCUGUUAUGGAGCAACGGGGACGAAACACCGAAUUAGAAAGUCGAUAAUAAUAAUAUUCGAACACCGAUCAAACAAAAUGUCGCAACAGGUUAAACAAUUAUCUACAUGUUUUUCGUAACAUAGGUUGCUGACCAGUUUAAUUUCAAGUAAGAUGUUCGCCUAGCGACAUUGUGUCGUUGUUUACUAGUCAAACAAACAUUUUGUGGCAUUUCUAUAAUCUGUGAUAACCCAAAUGACCUUUCUGAUUACCAGAAGGGUUAUCGUAUUGACCAAUAAACUUCUUUCGAA